UGAGACAAAGAAAUGUCUAGAAGAAACUACACUGCUGUAACAGAAUUUAUUCUCUUGGGUCUAACAAGUCGCCCAGAGUUGCAAGUUGCUUUCUUUGUGCUGUUCCUUGUGGUCUAUGUAGUCACUGUGAUAGGGAGCAUGGGCAUGAUUGUUUUAAUCAAAACUGAUUCUCAACUUCACACUCCCAUGUACUUAUUUCUCUCAAGUUUGUCUGUUCUAGAUCUGUGUUUCUCCACAAAUGUCAUUCCCAAAAUGCUGUAAAAUUUCUUAUUGGAGAAGAAGACCAUCUCAUAUGCGGGUUGUUUGGUGCAAUGCUAUAUUGUUGUUGCCGUGGUCCUCACAGAGAACUGCAUGCUGGCUCUCAUGGCCUAUGACCACUACAUGGCCAUCUGCCAUUCACUGCUGUACAGUAGCAAAAUGUCCAAGUAUGUCUGUGUUGCCUUGGUAAUUGUCCCUUAUGUUUAUAGUUUCCUCCUCAGUGUGAUGGAAACUGUGAGGACCUACAACCUUUCUUUCUGUGGAGCUAAUGAAAUUAAUCAUUUCUAUUGUGCUGAUCCUCCUCUUAUCAAACUGGCAUGCUCUGACACCUACAGCAAAGAGUUAUCAAUGUACAUAGUCACUGGCUACAGCAAUGUCUGGUUCCUCCUGAUCAUUCUCACAUCCUACAUGUUCAUCCUUGUCGCCAUCCUUAGAAGCCAUUCUGCAGAAGGAAGAAAGAAAGCUUUUUCCACAUGUGGCUCCCACUUGACAGUGGUCACAAUUUUCUAUGGAACCCUCUUCUACAUGCAUUUGAGACAUCCUGCCAGGGAGUCCGUGGAACAGGGCAAAAUGGUGGCUGUGUUUUACACCAUGGUGAUCCCCAUACUGAACCCCAUGAUCUAUGGCUUCAGGAACAAGGAUGUGAAAGAGGUAUUGAGAGAAGCAAUAGGGAAACAAAAACUGGGGAAAUAA